UGCUGUCAUCACAUGGUUUACGCGCAAGUUUUGCGUCUGUUUCUACCCUUGCUCCAAAGAUGCGCAUCUCACCUUUCGCGGAAAACACCGUUCUUACGAAAGAGUCCCUUUCGUCCCCCGCUGAGGACAGACCAAUACGCAUUUGCAAUUCGUGAAUGUUGUAGAGUUUAUUUUUUUUUCUAGCAUUUCAUCAUUUACGCGGGGCGAAAGAAGGGUCAUCAACUUUAGACCGCCGGUUUUACGCGAGACCCAAAAUAAAGGAACUGCGUGUGUUAACUCUUACGAGCUACAAAGCUCUAGCUUUUAGUUGUCAGUCGAUAGAGCUAUACGUAUAAUGCAAGCUAUUAAGUGCGUCGUUGUCGGCGAUGGUGCCGUUGGAAAGACGUGUUUGCUCAUAUCGUAUACUACGAAUGCUUUCCCUGGUGAAUACAUUCCUACCGUCUUUGAUAAUUACAGCGCCAACGUCAUGGUGGAUGGAAAGCCCAUCAACUUAGGAUUAUGGGAUACCGCUGGUCAGGAAGAUUAUGACCGUCUUCGUCCGCUCAGCUACCCACAGACAGAUGUUUUUUUGAUUGCCUAUUCUAUCGUCAAUCCUAGCUCUUUCGAGAACGUUCGCGCAAAAUGGUAUCCAGAGGUGUCUCACCAUUGUCCAAACACACCAAUCGUUUUAACUGGCACAAAGCUAGACCUUCGAGAUGACGCAGAAACCAUUGAAAAACUGUCUUCUAAGCGCCAAUCGCCCAUCACUUAUGAUGCUGGUAUGCAAAUGGCUAAAGAAAUUGGUGCUGUCAAGUAUAUGGAAUGUUCUGCUCUCACCCAAAAGGGGCUCAAAGCCGUUUUUGACGAAGCAAUUCGCGUUGUUAUUCGCUCACCAGACGACUCUAAGAAGGGAAAAGGCAAGCGACGAGCCUCUGGUUGCUUGAUCUUGUAAAAUCUCUCUGGUCUCAAAAUUCCCUCUUUCCAUCCCCUCGCAAAAAUUCUAAGCAGCCGUUUUAUUCGCAUGUUUCAUGACAAAAAUUUGGGCAACCUUCUAUAGCAAGGACCGAAUGUGUGCGUACUUUAUACGCUUUUUUAUAUACGAAUGUAGUAUAAAAACCGCUACUGGAAA